AUGAACUUUGAGGCCAUUAUUGGAGCUUAUGUAUUAGAAGUGGCGGACCUGACAAUAACAUCGGAAGAUGCUAUAUUUAAAAAACGAGAAUCAUACGUUGAAAAUGAUUACAAAAAAGUAGUGGAAAAUAUUAAAGGUGAAUGUGGUAAACAGCUCAGUUAUGUAAAAAGAGAGGGAAAUGACGAAGAACAAGAUGAUGGAAUUUCUACAUGGAUGCGUGAUUUUAACGCGGUAUGUACAUUGCAAGAUGAGAUGGAGAUUGAUGUAUCACUAUUACAUAUUUCUGAUAAUCUCGCCAAAGAUGUCAGAUGCUUGGUCAGAGAAUAUUGUCCGGUUAAGAAUUUUAAGUCUCCAGUAGAAAUGAAAUUAAUUUUGAAAGAUGAUAUACUUGUAUAUCAUUCUCCUAGGCGUUUGUCGUAUGAAAACCAGAAAGUGGUGGCCCAUCAGAUUGAUGAAUGGUUAAGGCAAGGUAUUAUUCGACAAAGUUCUUCGGAGUAUGCGGCGCCUAUAGUACUAGGAUCGAAAAAAGAUGGGAGUAAACGCUUAUGCUGUGAUAAUUUUCCAAUGGCGUUAGUUGACGUCGUAGUUGAUAGAUUGCAAGAGGCCAAAGUUUUAACCACUUGGGAUUUGCGUAAUGACUAUUUUCAUGUACCUGUAAACGAAGACUCAAAAAAAUUUACAUAA